CCUCCUCCGGGCCGCCCUCCGCCCUCCUCCUCGUUCCCCGGCGCCCCCAGCGAUGCGGGCCGCGGCCCGGGGCCCAGGUAUCACUUGGACAGUACUGUAGAGGAACAAUGUACUCUGAGUGGCGGUCCCUGCAUUUGGUAAUUCAGAAUGAUCAGGGCCACACCAGUGUACUUCACAGCUACCCGGACAGCGUGGGGCGGGAGGUGGCCAACGCAGUGGUGCGUCCCCUCGGCCAAGCCUUGAACCCCCCUUCCGCGACCGGGAAUGAAAGCUUCCUCAAAACCGACAAAGAAGUAAAAUGGACCAUGGAAGUGAUUUGUUAUGGACUGACCCUUCCAUUGGACGGAGAUACUGUAAAAUAUUGUGUUGAUGUAUAUACUGAUUGGAUUAUGGCUCUUGUAUUACCAAAAGACUCCAUUCCACUGCCAGUUAUUAAGGAACCAAACCUUUAUGUUCAGAGCAUUCUAAAACAUCUGCAAAAUCUCUUUGUACCCAGGCAAGAGCAGGGCUCCAAUCAGAUUAGAUUAUGCUUGCAAGUUCUGCGAGCUGUCCAGAAACUGGCUCGUGAGUCAACCACCAUGGCACGAGAAACAUGGGAGGUUUUGUUGUUGUUUCUCCUCCAGAUUAAUGACACGCUUCUGGCAGCCCCGACUGUUCAAGGUGGCAUUGCUGAGAAUCUGGCGGAGAAAUUGAUUGGCGUUCUCUUUGAGGUCUGGUUACUAGCCUGUACCAGGUGCUUCCCAACCCCACCGUACUGGAAAACAGCCAAGGAGAUGGUGGGGAACUGGAGGCAUCAUGCUGCUGUAGUGGAACAGUGGAGCAAGGUGAUCUGCGCACUUACUUCCAGGUUACUCCGUUUUACGUAUGGUCCUUCAUUUCCUCCAUUUAAAGUUCCUGAUGAAGAUGCCAGUCUGAUUCCACCUGAAAUGGAUAAUGAAUGCAUUGCACAGACAUGGUUUCGCUUUUUACAUAUGCUAAGUAAUCCCGUGGAUUUGAGUAACCCAGCAAUUGUAAGCUCUACCCCCAAAUUUCAGGAGCAGUUUCUGAAUGUGAGCGGAAUGACUCAAGAAUUGAAUCAGUAUCCUUGCCUUAAACAUCUUCCUCAAAUAUUCUUUCGUGCCAUGCGUGGAAUCAGCUGUCUGGUGGAUGCAUUUCUAGGAGCUGCACUUUUUAAGAACAGUAGGGGGGCCAGGUUACCCAUAUAUGGCAUUUCCCGGCCCCGAUCCGACAGUGCUCCCCCAACGCCCGUAAAUAGAUUAAGCAUGCCUCAAAAUCCCGCUCCCAUCAACACAACCCCUCCCCAUAACCGAAGGCACCGGGCUGUUACUGUGAAUAAGGCGACUAUGAAAACGAGCACAGUGAGCACUGCUCAUGCCUCCAAAGUUCAGCCUCAGACAUCCUCCACUUCUCCACUGUCUAGUCCAAAUCAGACUAGCUCAGAGCCUCGACCGCUGCCUGCCCCGAGAAGGCCGAAGGUUAACAGCAUUUUGAACCUCUUUGGAUCGUGGUUGUUCGAUGCGGCAUUCGUUCACUGCAAACUUCAUAAUGGAAUCAACAGAGACAGCAGCAUGACCGCAUCUUUUAUCCAAAUUCUUCUUUCUUAUAAAUCUUCGAUAACAACACAAACCAACAUGGAAUUUCGCCGGAAAGGAUCCCAACUGUCCACCGACACCAUGACUUCCAAUACCAUGUUCGACGCAAGUGAAUUUCCUGACAACUAUGAAGCAGGAAGAGCGGAGGCUUGUGGGACACUCUGUAGGAUUUUUUGUAGCAAGAAGACGGGCGAGGAGAUUCUUCCGGCUUAUUUAUCCAGAUUUUACAUGCUUUUAAUUCAAGGUUUGCAGAUAACUGAUUAUGUGUGCCAUCCUGUCUUGGCCAGCAUUAUUCUAAACUCUCCUCCUUUGUUCUGCUGUGACCUGAAAGGGAUUGAUGUUGUGGUACCGUACUUUAUUUCAGCUCUCGAAACUAUUCUGCCCGAUAGAGAACUCUCGAAGUUCAAAACCUACAUAAAUCCAGUAGAACUGAGAAGAUCUUCCAUUAACAUCCUACUUUCCUUGUUGCCACUCCCUCAUCACUUUGGCACUGUAAAGUCUGAGGUCGUCCUGGAAGGAAAGUUUAGUAAUGACGACGGCUUUUCGAAUGAUAAACCCGUGACCUUCCUGUCCUUGAAGUUGAGGCUCGUGAAUAUACUGAUAGGAGCUUUGCAAACUGAAACAGACCCCAACAACACCCAAAUGAUCUUAGGCGCAAUGUUAAAUAUUGUCCAGGAUUCAGCCCUUUUAGAAGCGAUUGGCUGUCAGAUGGAGAUGAACGGCGGAGAAAACAACCUGAAGAGUCACAGUCGCACCAACAGCGGCAUUAGCUCAGCAAGCGGGGGGAGCACCGAGCCCACGACUCCGGACAGUGAGAGGCCCGCACAAGCUCUCCUGAGGGAUUACGGAUCGACAGCUCUUAAUACAGAUACGGCUGCUGGACUCCUGAUACGCAGUAUUCACCUGGUUACCCAAAGACUCAACUCUCAGUGGCGGCAGGACAUGAGUAUUUCUCUGGCUGCUUUAGAGCUCCUUUCUGGCCUGGCCAAGGUGAAGGUGACGGUUGACUCAUCAGACAGGAAGAGAGCAAUCAGUUCAGUGUGUAGCUACAUUGUUUACCAGUGCAGUCGGCCUGCCCCGCUUCACUCCAGGGAUCUGCACUCCAUGAUAGUUGCGGCUUUUCAGUGUCUUUGCGUCUGGCUGACGGAGCACCCUGACAUGCUGGACGAGAAGGACUGCCUCAGAGAGGUGCUGGAGAUUGUGGAAUUGGGCAUCUCAGGAAGCAAGUCCAAGAGCAGUGAGCAAGAGGUCAAAUACAAAGGUGAUAAAGAACCAAACCCCGCAUCUAUGCGAGUGAAAGAUGCAGCCGAAGCCACGUUAACAUGCAUCAUGCAGCUACUUGGGGCAUUUCCUUCACCCAGUGGCCCGGCCUCUCCGUGUAGCCUGGUGAAUGAAACAACUUUAAUCAAAUACUCCCGCCUGCCUUCUGUAAACAAGCAUAGCUUCCGCUACUUCGUCCUGGACAACAGUGUCAUCCUCGCAAUGCUGGAGCAACCUCUAGGAAAUGAGCAGAAUGACUCUUUCCCGUCCGUCACUGUGUUGAUCCGUGGAAUGUCUGGAAGACUCGCCUGGGCUCAACAACUCUGCCUUUUACCGAGAGGAGCGAAAGCUAAUCAGAAGCUCUUUCUGCCAGAACCUCGCCCGGUUCCCAAAAACAAUGUUGGACUUAAGUAUAGUGUGAAGCAUCGGCCAUUUCCAGAAGAGGUGGACAAGAUUCCUUUUGUAAAAGCUGAUCUGAGCAUUCCAGACCUGCAUGAAAUUGUUAACGAGGAACUGGAAGACAGACAUGAGAAACUGAGGAACGACAUGUCGCAGCAGAUAGCGUACGAAAUCGCCCUCGAUCAGCAAAGCGAAGAGGAGUGGCGAAAGAAGAGCUUCCCUGAUCCGAUUACUGAUUGUAAGCCCCCACCUCCUGCCCAGGAGUUCCAAACAGCACGCCUUUUCCUCUCACACUUUGGAUUUUUGUCCUUAGAGGCAUUAAAGGAACCUACAAAUAGCCGUCUACCUCCUCACCUUAUUGCACUUGACUCCACGCUCUCUGGGUUUUUUGAUGAUAUUGGCUAUCUGGAUCUCUUGCCAUGUCGUCCUUUCGAUACCGUUUUUAUAUUCUACAUGAAAGCAGGCCAGAAGACAAGCCAAGAGAUUUUAAGGAAUGCUGAGUCUUCCAGAAACGUGCAGCCACAUUUCCUAGAAUUCCUGUUGUCUCUCGGCUGGCCAGUAGAUGUGGGGAAGCAUCCUGGGUGGACCGGACAUGUGGCAACCAGUUGGUCUAUUAACAGCUGCGGUGAUGGUGAAGGAGCAGAGCCAGAUGAAGGUGUUUCGUGCGAAGACUCUGGAGCAAGUGUUUUCAACGGACAGAAGAAGGUGCUGUAUUAUGCCGACGCCCUCACGGAAAUAGCUUUUGUCGUUCCCUCACCUGUGGAAUCCUUAACCGACUCAUUGGAAAGCAACAUAUCCGAUCAAGAAAGCGACUUGCCUAUGGAUCUUCUUCCCGGGAUACUUAAACAGCCAUCUCUGACACUUGAGCUUUUUCCCAAUCAUACAGACAAUCUUAAUUCGUCACAGAGGUUGAGCCCUACUUCCCGCACGAGAAAGUUUCCUCGGGGCCGGACUGUGCCACCGAUGGGUCCCGAGACCAAGGUCUCCGUCGUCUGGGUCGAACGUUACGAUGAUAUAGAAAACUUUCCCCUCACUGACCUGAUGUCAGAGACCAGCACUGGUGUAGAAACUACAGCAAAUAGUAGCACUUCCCUCAGAUCAACCACCCUCGAAAAAGAAGUUCCUGUGAUUUUCAUCCAUCCUCUAAACACUGGGUUAUUCAGGAUAAAAAUUCAAGGAGCGACUGGGAAGUUUAACAUGGUCAUCCCACUUGUGGAUGGGAUGAUAGUCAGCAGGAGAGCCCUGGGUUUCCUAGUGCGGCAGACCAUCAUAAACGUCUGUAGAAGAAAGCGGCUGGAAAGCGACUCGUACAACCCCCCGCACGUCCGACGGAAACAGAAAAUCGCCGACAUUGUCAAUAAGUACAGGAACAAGCAACUGGAGCCGGAAUUCUAUACCUCGCUUUUCCAGGAGGUCGGGCUCAAAUACUGCAACCCUUAGACCGACAUCCCUCCCGGACGACGAGAUCAGAGCUUGGCGGCUCCAGGAACCCAGAGAACGCUCUCUGACCGGGGUUGACCCAAAAAACGACCACCCGCCAACCCCCUGGACCUCCGCGAUCGAGGAAGUGGCACGGGGAAAGAACGGAAAGUGGCUUUCGGUUUUGCGGUGAGAUCAGACCCGCCAGCGCAACCAUGUUCCAAAGAAUACAUGCUAUAAACCCUAACCACAAGAAAACACCCAUUCUUUGGUUUUCAGGUUCUAAUUGCAGAAUAUACUGCUCUUUAGGAGGAAGAGUUUACAGGCUGCUCUGAUGGAAUUUUACUUGGGAAAUUCAUCGCGCGGCGUCAGAUUGACAGGCUCGUGACUGGAGACCCAGUCUUCGACUUUCCUUUUCCAGGAAGUUCAUUCAUUGUAAAACGGCUUCCCCAGCCUCAGCCUUCCAAGGCAGCGAAACCAGUCAGGGCCGUCCACAGAGGGGCAGAAGGAAGGAAGGGUGAGAGAGGCUUAACCGCCUCUAUCUCUGGGAGAUAGAUACUAAAUACUACAAACAUCUACCAACAUGUAGCCUUGCAGUCAGCCACAAAAGGCCCAUUUGGGGGGAAAAAAAAAUCCAGGUGCAAACUUCACCUGUUCCUCCUUUGUCUUAAUAAAAGUGACAUCCCCUUGUCAUCAGCCCAACCAUCUGACAGAACUGUCCACAAGCCCACGCUGAUUCCGGGACAGGAUGGAAGCCCAACUUAAAGCGGGCGGGCCGCCUUUGUGUAUCCCUUUGCAACACAGAAGGGUACAGGAAACCGUACGUCAGAACCACGCCAGUGAAGGCAUCCCUCAGUACAAUAUCACCAGUUCAGUGCAGCGAAAAGGGAUUCUUCUUACAAUUAUUUUUAGUAUCGUGAACCGAGAAUUGAAGUAUCAAAGCCCAAGGUUGUGUUUGAACAAGUCUGCAGGUGUUGGAAACGCCUUGAAUUUAUACACGGUCGGUCUUUUUUUUAGCAGGACUCAACAGGUCGUUCUCUACGGAAGAGUAGUCGGGGAAUUUGGGCAGUGUAGCUGAGCUGACAUUCAGAUCUGUUGCAGAACGUGACUGGUGAAGUUAUUAAUCCCAAGCCCAAACGGUAUCAUUAGGCAUCUUCCAGAAGCAGUCUUUUAGAUCAUUAUUAAUGUUUUUAUAAGACAGUGAUAUCACCAUCCCUUCAGUGGUUUUAGAAACUGUCCUUCUCUCUGGCCCACCCAUCCCUCAGUAAUGAACUGGGAAGGCGAGCCAGAAGUUUUAUGAAGAACAGCUAUGGCAGCGCAUAUCAUUCUACACUUUGCUCCCUUCACCGUCUCCAUUGGGCACAGGCUGCUAUCUAGAGGCGUUUAAUGUCAGAAAUUUUUAGAAAAUUGAAUUCAAGGAAAAGGACCAGUCGCGUUUGUCCUUCCUUUUCACUCUGCUGUCCUCAGGUUACUCUUCGUUCCCAACCAUGAGAUCUUCUGUAGACUUUCCUCUCAAAGGUUGGUUUUGUUGAGUGUAUGGCGUCUGAGGAGCUAACAUCCUCAUAGGUCGAGCUGAGGAUUUUGCAGUGUGGGAGCCACAGUGAGGUGGACUUGAUCUGUUCUUGGUUUUAAGUCUCUCUUGGAACUAUUCUUAGGUGUGCCUGAAAGUCUUCCUUCAGAGCCCCUCCUGCUUCUUUCACUAACCCAAGAGUCCCUUCCCGGUGUAGAAUCUCUCAAUGACAAAUUUUGAGGGUGACCGCUCAUAUCAAGCUAGCACUAAAGACUCCCAGAUCACUAAUUGCGGGGCUGGGGGGAUCCCAGAAGAUUGCCCAAAGUUAGCCUGCCCCUCCGUGAAAAUACAUUUGAAGAGAUGGUCUGUGCUUGUAGGUUAACAGACCGGACUUUGCUUCAGGAGUCAUCUAAGAUAAAUGAAUGAGGGGUGUGGGGUUUGGAUUUCACGCUUUUCAAAUGUGACUUUGAGAAAAGCAGUUCCAAAGCUUUUUUUUUUUUCAGCGGUUCUGAUACCAGAAAAACUCGGGUGCAUGUGUAAAAAGUUCUCCUAAAGUCACCUCCUUCUAGUAAAUAAAACCUUCUUGCUGCUCUACGUAAUUUCCAAUAUCCUUGUCUACAAAACAAAGGGUUUCCUCUUGAGAUAGGAACGUGGUAGGGGCCAUCCGCGUUGGUGAUGGAAGGCGACUUGACGCUUUCAGAAGGUCAGGUUCGGUGGCCUCUGACUCCUCCGCAGAGCCAGUCUCUGAAGUCGGUGGGCAACGAGCAAGAAGUGAAUUUAGCCGUCACUGGUGCGGGUGCGUUGAGUUCAUCGCACUCCCACGAGGGCUGACACAGAUGGCAGCCUCAGUUCAGUGUCUGGGGACCCCACAGAGGUCCGUGGCAGGAUGAUGAGAAAUGCGGACGGACAAACGCUUACAUUCACCCUGUCUCCGCUCUGUAGAAAUCCCUCCGGUCGAAGACCCGGCAUCACAAACAUAGGCAGGCCGCUGAUUAAAACGGCAGGUCCGAUGCACGUGCGCCGAUAUCACCUAGCCAAGAUGCUCAGCGUUCAAUUUGUCUACUACAUUGGCUCGGGAGUGCAUUCUGGAAAUUAGAAACCACCUUCAUUUGCUUCAUGUCUGGUAUGUAGGUCUUAAUGAUAUUUACUCCCAUCGAAGGUGAAUAAGCCAGAAAGUUUGUACUAAAGGAGGUGAGAGCGUUUCUUGAAGACGGAGAGUAGAGUUGGUGUUGACUCAUCAGCGUGUGGGGCAGGAAGGCCGGAUCGAGACGGCGUCUUUGGAGUGGCCGUAACUUUUUACACGGAGGUUCACCGACCGCGCUGAACGACUCUGUGGCGGAACACCCGUUCAGAUUCCCCGUAGCCAGCAGGCCCUGAAAGUAGCGGAGGGGUCCCCCCCAACCCCACGUUGUCGCAUUCGUUUGGCUAGCAGUUCCCCCCAACACCCUGACCCUGGUUUUGCACCCUGAGCUGUUUUGGCACUGUCCGUUCUACUGGUGCAUGGGUGCUCGCUCGCCUUGGGGAUUGAGCGUCCCAGUAAAACCAAGGAGCCCCUUGGACACAGCCAGUCUUAAAGCAGUGUCAAGGCACAGACUCAUGGCGAGAAAUGGCCAGUUUUCCAUCACGUGGGGAAGAGCCUCCCCCCAGGGAACCCAGGGAUCUCCUGCCGCUCCGCCUCAUCCCUCCGCGCCGCUGGCGGAAAGCUGAUCAUUCCCAUCUUAGGGCUCCUCUUGGGCAAUUCUUCCUCUUCUUCUUCUUCUUCUUCUUUCUCUUCUUCUUCCAAUGAAUAAUGGUGUUUGCGAGCUGGAUCCGCUGACUCCGCCGCGGGGCCCGUAGCCCCUUCUUUCCCCGGAGGGGACGAUCGGCGGUUAUCUGUGCUUGAGAAGCAUUUUAUUCCCUUAUAUUGCACGCGUGCCCGGAGAGCGUAGAAAUAUAGCUCCUCGUGGCCUCUUCUGGCAGAGAUAUCGGAGAGAAUUGGAUAUUUCCUUCCUGGUAGCAUUCCGAAUCAAAUAUCAGAAAUUCAAAGAAGACGAUCCAUUUAGGGACUGUGUCUUGCUGCUGGCUUACGACUCUCCGGUAAAUAAGUAUGGGUAGAAACACUGGAGUCUCCGAGAUCUCUCUUUGGUGUUUAGGUGGAGCAUCUGCAGGGAAGACUUGUGUCGGCUAAGGGAUUCAGUCGCAGGCUUCCCAGCGGUUCUCUUGCAGAAUGCUUUCUUCAUCUCAGGAUGUCAACUCUUGUCAUCCCCUACCCCUGGCCCAUAAAGUUUUAGUUUUUGAGUUUAGUUUAGUUUUUGAAUGAUGAGGGAAAAGGUGUCCCCUCCCAUUCAGAAAAAAUCUCCUGGAGCAAACAACAUCCCCUCACCCCCACCCCAGGGGCCGGGCGGGGGUGUCGGGAGAAGAGGGAAGGAGCGUUAUUUGCUUGAAAUCACGAACGAUUCCGGACGAAUUUCCGAAGGGAAUGUUGCCAAGACAUGAUCUUUGUUCCUCUUGUAUUUUCUGUAAAUAUUAACCGGCACUCAGUUGUAAAGUAAAGGCAAACUGUAAAUACGAAGAUGUGAACCACGUUCCCUCGUCUCUUGUACUUUAUCUCUUGUUUGUUAGGGAAGGCACAAAAGGCUCGUUUGUAUUUAUGCCGAUUCUUUGUCCAGAAGAAACACAUGAAAUAUUGAAUGUAACACAUUUAGUCGAUUAAAUUUUAAAGAAAUUCUUCUCUAA